ACCUGCGCCCCCUAUUUUUGUGGAAUAUCCUAAACAUAUGCAAUGGAAAAAAAACUACAACUCGGUGUUACAUUAGUCAUUAUUUAACCUGCAAUAAAACAUUAGCAGAAGUAGUCUAAACCAGCAUACAGUCACGGACCCUAGUUUUCUAGACAAUGGCGUUGACGUGCCUACUGGUUCUAGCACUACUGUUGUCUGAUGUCCAGAGCAAGUUCGACAAGUACCAGAAGCAUGGACUCCCGUGGGGAUGUUUCCACCUUGCUAUUCCUGAACAUCCGAGGUACUACACGAACAUAUUCUCCGGGCACGACAUGCCUUGUGCAAGAGGUACAGUCUUCAGCCAGAAGGCGUGCGUCUGUGUGCAUGCACCCAUCCGGGUCAAAGGUUGUCGGUCUGCAUACUCACUGACAUUCAGUAAGGACGAAAUCAUGUUCGGUGUCCCGCUAGCGUACAAGCCGCACAGGAUCAAGUACAGGGACGGUUUCGGGGUGUUCAACAGGUGGUCGCAGCUCAAGAUGUGGCGGUACAAGGGCGCGCCCUACGGGAACGAGAUUCAGUUACAGAUUCGCUUUAAAGACAUGUCUGACCAAAAAAUACAGGUGCUGAUUUCGAACUGUGGGACGAGGAAUCAACCUGAGAUUCCUUCUCUGCUCGUGUUUAUCGACAAGACAAGGACGGUGUUGAAGAGAGAUAUCAUCAGGGUCUUACUUAGGACAACGCACAACAGGGAAGGAGUGCAGAUCGUGGUGCCGUACAAGAAGGACAGAUUCAACACUCUGGUCGUUCUGUACGCCAAGAACAGUCUGAAUGUGAGGGUGGACUACGAGCAGGUCAGCCGGUUCAAGCCUGGUGGAACGAUAAUACAGUCCAAAGAACUCAAAGGUGACAUUCUUAAGACCAAUCAUUUUCUCAGAAUUGGAACUUGUCUCAACCCAGAUGGAUCAUCGCAGGGUAACGGUUUUGAAGGACUCAUCGACUGGUUCGACUUCUACCCCUGUCGUCCGUAAAAGAAAAGGCGCAACUUACACCAGAUAUUGUAUGACAGUGCAACAGAACUAAAUAUUGGCUUCUGUGCUUGUGUGCAAUGACUGGAUAUUAUUAAAUUGCCACAAAGGUGUGAUUUGUUCAUGGUGUAUUGUUGGAGGUUUACAUCACUCAUUUGUAUUAAAAAGGUUAUGGUGUAUUUUGUCAUUUUUAAAACCAUACCAAGUUGUUUAUAAUAUCAUUUACUAAUGUAACAAUGUCAUGUUUUAUCACUAUUGAACUGCUUUAUACAUAUCUGUUGCCAUAAACCAAGGAAAUAACAGCCCGAAACAUGGUUUUAAAAUGAAGUGUAAUAAAAAAAAAUUUGUUCUGUUACAUAGAUAGUGACUUUAGCUAGAUGAUAAAGAAUGGCGUUUGAUGUUAAAAAAAAAAUGUGAUGAUGAUUGCCCUUUCUAAAUGGUUAAAUAAUUAAGACCCAUAGUCAAAAUAGAAACUUUUAGUAGCAUGUACUCCAUUUCGUUUUGGUUGAAUUCAAUAGUAGAGUCCUUGCACAAGGUGCGAUGUUUUUCAUGAUCAAUCCUGCUUAAUAGACAGGCGUGGCCUGUCGAGUGAUCAAAGUUCCACUCAGUACCUCAUGACUGGCACACAAAAGACAUAAACAGGCCUGUUUCAUCCACCCCUUGACUGGUAAACGAAUGACAUAAGCAGGUCUGUUGAGUGAUUCAAAUUCCACCCACCCCUUGAUUGGUAAACGAAUGACAUACACAGACCUGUUGAGUGAUCCACCCUCUGACUGUCACAUGAACUACAUAGACGGGCCUGUUGUCUGAUGUCCAAACCAGUAUCCGUGACUGGCACAUCAAAGAUAACUGUUGCCAUAGAAUACACGACAGACUCGUUGCCGUUGACGGUUAUUGAGAGUACACAGUAUAGAGAGAUGCUUGUGGGUGGUUCUCUCGCCGUCUCCAGACAAAUAAGACAUCUGUCAGACUUGUAGUAUCCUUUGAUUAAGCAGUUUACCACAAACAUAUAUGAGUGGCAUUCAUGGUUAUUUCACCGUUUUGACUGACAGUCGACAGUCCCGAGUGCCACAGCAUAAGGGCCUAAUUGCAACAUCAAAAAGAAUGUAAUAACCAUUCUUACCACCAGUACGUUUACGAGGUAACCGAUUUGUACCACACCCUUGAAUGACAUUGCAUGAUGUAAAAAUGACGUUUUAUUGAAUGCGUGUUCUCUUACAACUAUUGACAGCAUGUUGUGUGUGUGUGUGUGUGUGUGUGUGUGUGUGUGUGUGUGUGUGUGUUUGUGUGAGCGCGUGCAUGUGCGUGCGUUUUUAAUGUCACUCACCCCUGAUCUGACUCAAGGUUUUUUUUAAUUUAUUUUUUAUUUAUUAAUUGCUAAGUGGUACCAUUCUCUCAAAAUGGAAUGUUUUUAUUAAAAUUAAAGUAUUAUUUAUUUGACUCGUGUGUCUGAGUUAUCUUUUCCAGGAAAUUUAAGAAUAGCCAUAAACACACAUCGACCAAUUGCAUCUCUGCUCAUGACAGGAAGCGUUUAAACGUAUGUGGUUAUACAGAUUUAUUGCACACUUUUGUCCAUGGGGAAACAACUGAAACAUGGUACAAUGUGCUGAAGGGCUAUUAAACAUUCCUACUUUUUCCAUUUUAUUAACUGCAAUAAAACAUUACAAAGAGGCCGAGUGUAUUUGUAUCACUAUAUCUGCCUGAAUUUUUACUACCACCCAUUACCAGUGAUUGUCACAUUAGUGUUGAAGUAUAUUUCCUCAAGUGCAGUCUGAUGCAAUAAUGUGUGAAGAAGCACUGUGAUUAUUAACAUGCUGGAAAAAAUAUCUUGUUUGAAUAUACAACCCCUAACUAGUUACAAGUUUUAACGACACCACUAGAGCACAUUGCUUUAUUUAUAGUUGGCUAUUUGAUGUGAAACAAUUGUUGUCAACCUUUACAAAAUGCUUUAAAACACUUAAAAUCAUCCCUAAAACAGGCUUGUUCAGAAGUGUGAGCUGGUGUGGUCGCUUGCUGGACUGGAUUUUGCACUUAAAGUUAGAUGAAUGUUGUAUCAUAGAAGAUGAUGGAACCAGUCAAAUAGAUUGAGUGUGCUCAGUCUUCUGGACAAAAGUUAACAGUUUAUUUUGUUGAACAACACAGCCUGGCACAUUUAUUAAUCAUCAGCUAUUGGAUGUCAAACAUUUGGUAAUUUUGACAUAGCCUUUUGCAUUAGUAGAAAGGGAUCUUUUAUAUGCACU